GUGCAGCUGGGUACAACCAUGUUCCCACGAGCUAGCACCGCCCAUUUCACACCAAACCAAACAAAAACUGAAAAAUCCCUCCCCAAACUAUUUUAUUUAUUUAUUAAGUGGCUCUCUUUCCGCGUCAAAUAUGGAUUUUGCUAAAUAUAUAUAUAGGCAACCUGGAUAUCUCAAAAGCCAUCAACUGCUAUCAGAGACUACUCACCAGAUUCAGCAAAAUCUAUUGUUGUUACAAAAACUUUCCCAAUCACGUUUUACUUAAAAGCUAUACUGCCACAACUACUACUUUGUUAAUUUACAGCAAAAAUGAAGGUGACGAAGAAAAAGAGUGAUGCUACUGCUCAAAGAGCAUGGAGGCUACUGCGUCUAUUCUUGUUAUGGACUAGAAAAAGUGGGGUGCUCAGGAGACGGCUUAUGAUGGAGCUAAGGUUGGUGCCUAAGUUCCUCAAGGGUCUAGGACACACAUCCCCUUCUCCUCCUGGCCAAAUCUAUUUUAAGGAACGCCAGCUUUCAUUCGAUGAGACACCCAUUUUCCAGGUGAAGAUGCACCGUCCCGCUUCCAUGCGCUUCCUUCUUCCUUGCAUGAGCACUCAGGAUGUGGAUUUCGAUUACGAUUUCGGCAUCGAUGGAGAGGACGGAGUUUACGGGUACGAUAGUGGAAUCAAGAGUCACUCUUGUGAAAAGCAAGGGGAGGAACAAGGAAAUGAUAAGGACAGGGAGAGGAGUGCUUGUACAUUACCGCUGGAGGAAGAAGAGAUUGAUUCCAAGGCGGAUAAGUUCAUUGCUAACUUCUAUGAGCAAAUGAAGUUGCAGAGACAAAUUUCUUAUCUGGAAUACACUGAAAUGCUUAACAGAGGCGCAUGUUAGUGUCACAAAACUCUGCAUUCUUCUCCUUCCUUUAUUUAUUUUUCCUUUGAGUUUGCGGCUUUUACAGUGUUCUUUUUUUUUUUUUAAAUAAAAUAUAAAGACACCGCGGGAUUUUGUUAUUCUUUUUGUAACUAACGAGGAUUCAAGUGUUUGCCCAUUUAUCAAUAAUGAUCUCCCCAUUCCUAUCUAAACAA